UCCCCCCCCCCGCUAUCCCGGAAGAAGGUGGAGCUGCAGCUUCACCUGGUGGGGGAGGGGCGGGGGAAGCCGAACUCAGGGCAGCAGAUUUCAUCCGACCAUAGAUGAAGUAAACACAUUCCAGGGAAAGCAUGGCCAUCUACAGCUGUAACAUAUUCCUUGGAGUAGCUAGGACCAGAGGGUCAUCAUGCCUACUUGUACACUCCUGUUGUUCCCUGUUCUCCUCGUCAGCUGCACUUGCUCAACUGUUGGAUUUCCACCAUAACGGAACAUUCCUGAAGGACUCCGAAAGCCACCAGCUCCUCUCCAGUUCACCGCAGGGCAACGGUUGGCCUCACUUGCUCAUUAGACCGAUGCGGAUGUUUCGCACGUCAGCUUCUUGGCAUCAGGACAAACCUCGCCCUGAGCCAAGUACUGUAAAAACAGACCCUACUCCGGCCAGUCUUCCAGACAAAGCCACAGAGACUGUCAGGAGAUCUCUCUGGCAGAGGAUCGUGGAUGAACUGAGACAUUAUUACAACGGAUUCCACUUGCUUUGGAUCGACACGAAAGUAGCUGUCCGGAUGGUCUGGAGACUGUUACACGGCCAAAUCCUCACCAGGCGGGAGAGACGAAGGCUGAUGAGAACAUCAGCAGAUCUUUUUCGGUUGGUUCCUUUCUUGGUGUUCAUCAUAGUACCUUUCAUGGAAUUCCUGUUACCUGUAUUUCUUAAACUCUUUCCCGAGAUGUUGCCUUCAACCUUUGAAACGGAAUCGAAAAAGGAAGAAAAGCAGAGGAAGAAACUGAGUGCGAAGUUGGAGCUAGCCAAAUUCUUACAGGAGACGAUUGCAGAGCUGGCGAGAAGAAACAAAGCCAGCACAGGAGCAGCGACCCAGCUGUUCUCUUCCUACGUUCAGAAGGUUCGACAUAGCGGCCAACAACCCAGCACCCAGGAAAUUGUGCAGUUUUCCAAACUGUUUGAGGAUGAGCUGACGCUGGAACACUUGGAGCGGUCCCAGCUGGUCAUCCUUUGCAAACUGCUGGAGUUACAGCCCAUUGGCACCAACAAUCUCCUCCGCUUCCAGCUUUUGAUGAAGCUCAGAUCCAUUAAGGCUGACGACGAGAUGAUAGCCAAGGAAGGAGUGAAUGGCUUGAGCGUGUCUGAGCUCCAGAGUGCAUGCAGAGCAAGAGGAAUGAGGUCACUGGGCCUUACGGAGGACCAGCUCAAAGAGCAACUGAACCAGUGGCUGGAUUUGAACCUCAAAGAAAAAGUCCCUCCUUCUUUGCUGCUGCUUUCCCGUGCCUUGUACCUGACAGAUGUGAGUCCCAAACCGAUGAUGGUGAACACAACUAAGCCUCUGAAGAGUGAGGAUGCCGAAAUGGAUGAUGAUGAUGAUGAAGAAGAAGAAGGACAGGAGACCUUGUUGGAUUCUGCCCCCAACGUGCAGGAAAGGAAGAAUGAAGAAUUUAUAUUGCCUCCAAAAGACAAAUUAUCAGUUCCUGAAAUGUCAGUCAAGCCUCCUGUGGGAGAGACUAAAAUAGAAGCGCCCCGGAGCAGCAAAGCCAGUGCCAAUGGCGUCUAACUGGUUUCUCAUAAAAGAGCUGGACCCUCAGGGAGGGGGGGGAAAAAACCCCGGAAGCACUACCUUUGCAACGUGCAAAAUAUCGGCAGCUUUCAUCGCCCAUCUCCUUCGCAGACCCAGCCCCGCGAAAUCCGGUUCUCCGGACGCGACGACCGUCGAUCUCAGCCAGGUGAAAAACUCACUUUUGCAUCCCAGGGCGAAGAUUUGCAUCCGUGAGACAUCCGUGUAACUUAUUUUGUUUUGUAAAUAUGUACAUAAUCCGCAGACUGGGGUCUUCAAUCUUGUCAACUUUAAGACUUGUGGACUGCAACUCCCAGAAUUCCUCAGUCCUUGCUGGCUGAGGAAUUCUGGGAGUUGCAGUCCACAAGUCUUAAAGUCGACAAGGUUGGAGACCCCUGGACUAAACCAGUUGUAACUUAAUGCAAAACAGUUCCUGUGUAGGUGUACAAUUCCUUAAAACGUCUUUCGCGAUUAAUUUAAAUUUUAUAAGAAGGGGCCUCCUUACCACCUUGAGCCUUUUUUCCAUGAGAAAUUUAUAGGAAAUUGGCCUCCCCUUCCUUUCAGUAGACAAGGCUUGAAUUGAUCGACGGCCUGGUUCUUAAAAAAGACUUACUUAAAAGUAGGUCGCGGAGAAGGCCCUUCCAAAGGGUCUUGCGUAAAAUUGCACUCCCGCUUCUCAAAGUCAAAACGAGAAGAAUGAAAGAUGGACAGCAUCUUCCUCUUAGUACGCAAAUAAAAUGGAAACCAUCCGUGAUCCAUAUGGUUUCCUCCUGUCACGCUCAUUUUUACCCAUUGGUGAAAAGACCGCACACUCCAGUGUGUUUUCCUGUUGUUUCAAAAGGAGCAAAUGUUACACAAAACGCAAACAGAAUUGGACCAUAAACCUAUUUAAAUAGAGCAAGGAUCAAUUGAAGUAUGGAUUAAGUUAUCUAUAACUCACUCAGGCAGACUCUAUCAACAAUCCGAUUAUUUGUAAUUUUAUUGUCUUUGUUAAUUAAAUUGUGGGCGUUGAAUUAACCUGUAA